AUGGCAGAAAAUUGCGCAGAACGACGUUAACUCUUGUCGUGUGCGGACGUGCUGAAGUUUAGAUACGUGGUAGGGUAGACUUGCCAAAGCAUUUUCUUUCUCUGUUCACUUUUAACCAUUGACUAGAAGAGAAACUUCUUUUGGAGCGUUAUUACACUUCAAACGAUACCGAUCAAGAAUCAAACAAGAGAUAAUUUAAAAGGGCUAUACGAAGGAAAUUAAAAAAGAAAAUGGCAGAGGAAAAGAACGAAACAAGCCCGAACGCCGAGGGUGAAAAGAUCCCGCAGGAAGCGGCGGCACCAUCGAAGCAAGAAAAAGAAGAGCCGAAGGAAACUAAAGAAGAGGAGAAGAAAGUCGAGGAGAAUGGCGACGGUGAUAAACCCAAGGAGAACGGCGAAGAGAAACCCACGCCAGAGCCGAAGGACAUGCGGGCUAUAGUACUCAAUGGUUUCGGCGGAUUGAAAAGUGUCAAGGCUCUCAGGAAGCCUGAGCCCACCCUCGCCGAGGGAGAAGUUCUCAUUCGAAUCAAAGCAUGUGGAUUGAACUUCCAAGACUUGAUGGCCAGACAGGGUGCUAUCGAUUCCCCGCCGAAAACUCCUUUUAUUAUGGGAUCCGAGUGCGCAGGUGACAUCGAACAAGUUGGCGAGGGCGUGGAGAACUUUAAAGUGGGCGAUCGAGUGGUUGCACUUCCGGAUCACAAAGCGUGGGCGGAGCUGGUUGCUGUACCAGCAACAUCCGUUUUCGCGCUACCAGCUGGAAUGAGCUACCUCGAUGCUGCUGCGAUGACGAUGAAUUAUACCGUUGCUUAUAUGCUGCUGUUCGAGCUGGCCAAUUUGACGCCUGGCAAAAGUUUGUUGCUUCACAGCGCCGGCGGUGGUGUGGGCCAAGCAGUGGUUCAACUGGCCAAAACCGUGAAGGAUGUGACGAUUUUUGGCGUAUGCAGUAAAUCGAAGCACGAAGCUCUGAAAGCUGCUGGAACCAUCGAUCAUCUCUUGGAACGCGGUACAGAUUACACCAACGAAGUCAGGAAGAUCUCUCCGGAGGGCGUGGAUAUAGUUCUGGAUUGCUUGUGCGGCGAAGAAUGCAACAAGGGAUACGCCUUGCUGAAACCCAUGGGGAAAUACAUCCUUUACGGUUCUAGCAACGUUGUCACCGGUGAAACGAAGAGUUUCUUCUCGGCAGCACGAUCAUGGUGGCAGGUGGACAAAGUAUCGCCCAUCAAGCUGUUCGACGAGAACAAAACGUUGUCCGGUUUGAAUCUCCGUCACCUGAUGUAUCAGCAGGGUAGCCACGGGUCCGUUCGAAAAGCAGUGGAACGGGUGUUCGCGUUAUGGAACGAGGGUAAGAUAAAGCCGGUAGUAGACUCAACGUGGGCUCUUGAGGACGUGCCGGAAGCCAUGCAGAAGAUGCACGACCGCAAGAACAUUGGUAAGAUCGUACUGGAUCCGAGUCUCGAGCCGAAACCGAAGCCAGCUACUCCGGCCAAGGGAAAAGCGAAAGACAAGAAAGCAGCCAGCCAAGAGAGCCAAGAGAAGAAAGCGCCGAGCGUCGAGUCCGAGGAAGGAGAAAAGAAGAAAGAGCCUGAACUGACAAACGGCACAUCCGAAGACAAAUCCGAUAGCGAUUCGAAAGAAAAAGAAUCGAGCUGAAUUAGCGGCGCUAAUUAAUUCUAAUACACGUAUAUAUAUACAUAAAUCUAUAUAUAUAUAUAUAUAUAAAUAUUACAAAUGUGUAAAACCCGCGAACAUCAAGAUUUUCCAGGUAAAAAGUACUACUCUAAACUAUUCUACUCGCUGUUCAGAGAGAUCUACGUUGUUGCUGCACGACAGAGGCUUCAUCCGAUCAAAAAGAUCUACUCUGUUAAUGGGGAAAAAAAGCCAUGUUGGUGUGCAGAUGAAAACAAAUCUACAGAAAGAGAAUUUUUUUUUCUUUUGUUUAAAAAUGAAAAAGGAAGAACAGGAACAAAUUUUUACAAACGCUUAAUCAGGUUUGAUAAGGCAAGCUCGUUCACCUCCCCCAUAAGAAUUCAUAUCCGCGUAUCUCAAUGAGAAUUCUCUUCGAUGGUGUUUACAAGAGUGAGAGGGCGUGAGGCAGAGGGAGACAAAAAAGCAACCAAUUGCAAAAUAUCAAUCUCGACGUGGUCCACAGUAGUUUACGAAGUAUAAGAAUUGAUUAUUUUUAUUUUUUCACACUGACCAAAACACAUAUAUUGAUUGAUUUUUUCAUACGUAUAUUAGAGAGAAUGCUCUCUGCUGGAUGCCAUCAAUUCAUUUGGACGAUUUCUUUUUUUUUUUUUCUUUUCCUGAUAUCAUUCGCUUAGAUAUACUUUAUCGAAAACAUUUAAAAUAUAAGAAAAAGUGAUCAGUAAAAAUGAAAAGAUCGUCCUAAUGGGUUUGAGUCAGCUAGCAGAUUGCUACUUUAUCUACUUGCAUCGACUACUAUAUUGCUGCUGCGAUAUAUAUACUGUAUAUGCAGUAAUAUUUUACACUACUAUAAUAGUCCAUUUACUGUAAUUUAAUAGAGUAUGAUGAUAAUCUGAUGAUCAGCUUUUUAGACAUAAUGGGGGAAAGCUCUCGUAUAGGAAAAACUCCUAAAGAAAAGCUGAAAGAUAAUAUGAAUGACUGUAUUUUACUUUUUUUUUUACCACGUGUAUCUCGUGUUUUUUAAUGACUAAUAUCGAGACAAGACUCUAACCGAAUAUUUAACUUAACCGUUUUUUAACUGUGCUAGCCUAAACGAACACAAUAGUCGAAGAAUAUAUUCUCUUCAUUAUUUUUAGAUAAGUCUGUUUAAAAAAAAAAAAAAUCAUGGAAAGUAUUAAAUCGCCUAACUGCCUGAAAAUGCUGUAAGCAUAAUCGUUGAAUUUUUCUAAUUAAAAGAAUGAAAACCACUUAUUCACACGCUUUGUAUUCGAAUUUUAAGAUUGAUAACUUCUGCAACGAUUCACCAACGAUUACACUCGUUUUACUAUAACAUUUUUAAUGAAUUUUUUAACAGAUGACAUACUGGAAUCGCUGUACAAAACUGAAGCUGUUAUUUUAAAUGAAUUUUUAUAAAUAUAUUCCAGUUCGUUUUUAAAAUUAAUGUUUAAGUGGAUGUUUAGAAUUAUUGAAUUCAAUCUAGCGAGGCAUGCUUUUAACUUGGUGUUGAAAUCAAAGAUCUCUACCUUGUAAUAAUAAUAAUAAUAAUUUCUUUGUGUAGCGAAACGAGAAGAAAAUGCCUUAGUUUUUCUAUGUACGAAUUUUGUGAGAAAUCAAAUAUAUCUCGAUGCAUUAUGGUUAAAUGAGAAAGCGUGACUCUUUGAAUCUUUUUUUUUUUUAUUUUUGUAAUUAAUCGAACGAAAAGUCUGGGAUUUAUAAUUAUAUAUAAUUUAAACACGAGAAAAAGUACACGAUAUGGUGCGAUCGAUUUAUUAAACAAAGGCGAAUGAAUUUCCUAAUCAUAAAUGGUUAAUGAUGAUGAUAAUGAUGAUGAUGAUGAUGAAAUGAGAGAAACAAGAUUUUGUAGGAGUGUGAGAUGCGAAGCUUGAGAAUUUUAGCUCGAUCGAUAAAACAAAAAAUAGAAAGGGUAGUAGGAAAACGAAAAAAAUAAAAAAAAAAAACAAAGGAAAAGUGAAAAAAGAAAACUUGGCUCGGGAAAAGGAGCGCGUUGUAAUGCAAAGUGAAAUGCAUAUCUUUCCGAAAACGGUUGGAACAAUUUUUACGUAGUUCGAUUCUGUUAGAAUUUGAUACUAGUUCUGUAUACCGAAAAUAUUCUAUAUAUUAAUGAAAAGAUCACUAUGACGAAAGAAAUGAAAAAAAAAAAGUUGCGAACGAGGGGGAGCUAUACAUAUUAUAUAUAUAAAUAUAAAUAUAAAUAAAUGAGUAAAUAAUGUUAAAUUAAGUCGAUGACAUUCUUCGAAACGUUAUCGGUGCGAAGAAAUGUAAGAAUUUAUAAGAAUGAUUAUUAUUAUUAUUAAUUAAUUAAUUAUUAUUAUUAAUUAUUACUAUUACUACUGCUACUACUACUACUACUACUACUACUACUGCCGUAUCGAGUCUCUCAGUCCUAGAGUACACAAAGUACUAUAUCUCGUCUUGAAGAUGUAUCAAUCUCUCUGUCUGUUAACAAGAACAAGGGAAAAAGAUAGAAAUAAAUGAAAGAUCGCAAAAAAAAAAAAAAAAAAAAAUGAAAAAUAGAUAAGGAAAAAAAAAGAAUCGUGAACGUAACUGCAUAUUUUGAGACGCAUCUUUUGAACACGUGUAUUAAAUUUGACGUGUGACGUAAAAUAUAUUAUUCUCUCUGCGCGAGAACAUGAUACACAUACAUACAUUUCAAUCACACAUACACGCGACGAUACACAUCUUGCUGUAUAUUUUAUUGUAAGGCUUUAAAUGUUUCAUCAAAUAACUCUAUUAUAUUAUAAUAUAUCUCUAUGCAUUUGUAUCGAUCGUUUUCCCUAUAAUCCUGGUCAUAGUUUCGGUUAGGUUGAGUUUUGUUUAUCAAUGUCCUAGAUCAUCUGUAAUUAAUGCUCGAUAUAUUUAAUAAGGUUUUAUUACAAAGAAGUUUUUUAAAUUGUUUCUAUUCAGCGCCAUGAUGGUCAACAGACGGCAUGCGCAUUACUCUCGGCUACGAAGGGUGCUAGACAUGGGCAUAUUAUUGUUCCAAUGAUUCGUAGAUAGAAUUAUUACAAUCGGUAUUUUACAGAAGUCAAUAAUAAAGAAUUUUGUUUAAUUAUUGUAGCUAAAUUCGUAAAAAAAAUUAUUUAGCAGUUUGCUUACCUUUGAACUGUGGAGCCGGGUCGAUCCAUAACCCAUACAAAUGUUUAAAUUAAAUAGUCUCUUUUAGAAAAUGAAUUCAAGGAUUAAUAUUGGGCCUUAAUUACGGAUUUAUUUUCAAAUAUCUACAUUUCAAUUUUGUUUUAACUUAUCGUUAUCUGGCAUUGUUCAGUGCACUGAACGACUCAAAAAUAUACACUCCUCACAACGUUUAUCUUUCAGCUAGGAUGCAAUGAAAGUUCAACAAUAUGACCAACAAUAUCAUUCCCCUUACUGCAUUUAAAAUAAUGCGGUGUUACGUACAUUCUUUUCCAUGCCUUUACUUAUAUUUUUUUCGUUCAUCAAGACCUGUAUCGUGGGAGAACAAAAACAAUUUCGCAACGUGAUACAUCCAUAUAAUUAUGUGUAAAAUUGUAAAAUUCGUUUCAGGGGUCCGGGCGAAAGAGCGUAUGUUUUCUGUUCCCUGUGAAACACGAUUUCUUUCGUAGUCCUAAAAUUAGGUUUCCAUAAAGGGUAUGCAUUACAAAGGAAGUAAAUACAUAUUUCGCCCGUCCUCCGGAAGCUCGAUAUAUAGAUUGUAUUUUUGGCUUAUUAUUGUAAGACUGACUUUAUUGCUAUAUUAAAGAUUGCUUCGAAAAUA